AUGGCCGACCAGUUAACAGAGGAACAGAUUGCUGAGUUUAAAGAAGCAUUUUCCUUGUUUGAUAAAGAUGGUGAUGGUACAAUCACCACUAAAGAAUUAGGUACAGUCAUGCGCUCUUUGGGGCAGAACCCUACAGAAGCUGAACUGCAAGAUAUGAUCAAUGAAGUAGAUGCUGAUGGUAAUGGUACAAUUGACUUCCCUGAGUUCUUAACAAUGAUGGCCAGAAAGAUGAAGGAUACAGACAGUGAAGAAGAGAUUCGAGAGGCAUUCCGCGUUUUUGACAAAGAUGGAAAUGGAUUCAUAUCUGCUGCUGAACUCCGACAUGUAAUGACCAACUUGGGCGAAAAGUUAACUGAUGAUGAGGUUGAUGAAAUGAUACGCGAAGCUGAUAUAGAUGGUGAUGGCCAAGUAAAUUAUGAAGAAUUUGUUACAAUGAUGACGACAAAGUAA